AUUUCAAGUUCCAAUUAGUUUAUUUAUUUUUCCUUUUUGUUGUUUGAUUAAAUCGCGGAAUUAAACCAAGCGCCCAAGCGCUUCUUGAGAAUUGAACCUCGCCAACAAAAUCCCUAAAUUCAACAAGAAGAAUCGCAACAGUAUAUAGUAGUUGGUAAGCUUGGUAAAAGACGGUGCGCCCCCAACCUUCUCAAAAAGUCGGAAAAAAACAAUAGAAUAAAACGAGCAUGCGUCGUGUACAGAGGUGUCGAAUAAAAGUCUCCGGAUAAUCGUAAAACAGUCUAAUUUAUUCUCUCCCACUGAGCAAGUACGCCACAGAAAAAUCAAAAUUGCUCCAAUUUAAAAACUAAUUACCUCUUCAUUAAGAGUGCUCCAUUUAGCUUUUCUGCAUUAAUCCUUUUUGUAAAAAAAUUACUGUGCAUGUCUAUCUUUUACGGUUUAAGACUGCACAGGGGAUUUAAUAUCAUGGAAUUGAAGUUUGGAGUGGAUGGUGAGCAAAGUCAUAAUUCUCCAUGCAUAACACGGAGCGUUUCACUAAUAUAUGAAAAAGAAAAAGAACUUAUAACAAUAUAAGAAACAUACAAAAUAAAAAGAUCACUGGAUAUAUUACUCUCAGUGUCAUAAACAUCAUAAACGCAUUGCUGCCAUACACUAAACGUGCAUGAACCAAUCAGUGUCAAAAUACGCAACAAUCGAAAAUUGAUCGAUCAACAAAUAUGUUGUACUGUUGAAUCAUUGUUCAGACUAUAAUAAACAUAAAUAUGGAUAUUGGUGUCCAUCGUAUAAUAGUUUAAGUUAGAUGUACGCCAAUGAAUAAACUUAUGCUUUUUAUCUACCCGUUUGCGAACGCUCACCCAGUCUGUAUAAAUACAUAUUUUAAAAGCUUCUAACCAAACGUUCGUCUGCACCAGUCUGCAUGAGUGAAAAACUGGAAAAGUUGUCACACAUACGUUUGUAGUAUCAGAAGGAAAACGAUACGAAGAUUUACUUUUCUAUAUGAAAUUAAUUGUCCAAUCAUUUAACAUUUCGGUAACUUUUUAACACAUAUGAAAUUAUAAGCUUAUAAAAAUUUAGUGAAUUCGUUAACCUAUUACUACUUGAGGUUAACAUUCUCGAUUUAAAUUGUAAAUGACAUGAUAUCACAUGACGAAAUAAAAGUAGAAGUAGUAUCAAUAAAUGGAGAAAAAAUUGAUGACAAAGAAGAAACCGUAACGUUUGUAGAGCAAUUUGUUAAAGAUGUGUGCGAUUUCAGUUCCCAGUAUGGAAGUAAUAUUAGUAUUUCAUAUACUGCAUACAAUAUUGCUGGAAAUCCCAGUAAAUUUCCUGAUUAUGGAGAUUUUCCGCAAGCUUUUGUUAUGAGAACAUAUGGACAAUGGUGGGACAAAGCACCUUCAAGAUUAAUGGAUUAUAUGCCACAGAAUAAUGUGGAUGUUAUUAGUCAAGAUUACAUAGAUCUAGAAUAUUAUCAAGAAGUAUAUCCAAUUAGAAUAUCAAUAUAUGAAACUUACAAUCCUGGAAGCAUAGUUGGAAUUUGGGCUCAAAAUUCAGGAGGCAAAUGGUUUCAAUUAUGGAGUGGAUUUCCUCAAGUUGUACCACAUAAGCCAAGAAUAUUUUCUCCAUAUUUACAAUCAUGCAAUUUUAAAACAAAAAUGAUAAGACUGGAAUUUAAUCACAAUUUAUUAGACUAUUACACUGAAUUGGAUGCUGUGUUACUUAUUGGAACAUCAGAAUUAAUUGUACCUAACAAUUUACAUAUUCAGAAUUUAAACGAUCUUUCACAAGAAUUGGGUUAUCUUAAACAAAGUAAUGAUGAUAUGUAUAAUCUAACAUCUGAUUAUUUAAAGGCAAAUCAAGAUUUAACGAUCAUUAAAAAAGUGCUUUCUAAGCAUUGUAGACUUUUUAAAAGUAAAGUUAUAGAUAAUAUGUCUAAGGGCAAAUUAAUAUCUAAAAUAGGACAACAUUAUCAAUCUGUUCCUCCAAUAGAAGAAGCAUUUAAUAGUUUGCAGCAAUUUUUACAAGAAGAUUUUCCAAAACUUAUUAAAGACAUUAAUCAUUCAUUGUCACAUACAUUAAAUGAAGAAAGUAAUUCUGCUAAAGAAAGAUUUUUGUUACCUCUAAAUGAUUCAAACAAUCAACCAUGUGGUAGUUUUUCAGCACUUCCAGAUGAAACAGUACUAAAGAUAUUAAACAAUUUAGACUUAAAAUCAUUAUGUCGUUUAUGUAGAGUAAAUAGACAUUUUAAUAAUAUUGCAAGAGAUGCUUUAUUGUAUACAAGUCUUAAUUUGAAACCUUACUGGUAUUGUUUAGAUACAUCUGCAUUAAAUUGUUUAGCACCUAGAUGUCACUAUCUUCAACAGUUAGAUUUUUCUUGGUGUGGAAACUAUAAUUUGAUUAAAUAUCAAGAAUUUAUACAUUUUCUUCACAUGUCUGGAACUCUUUUGACACAUUUAAGAUUAAACUGUUGUCAAUUUGUAAAUGAUGAAGUUAUAUUUGAAAUUUCAAAAGUCUGUAAAAACUUAAAAGAAUUAUGUUUACGCAAUUGCAUGGGUGUAACAAACGAAGGAUUCUCAUAUCUUGAAAACUUGAAAUUCCUUGAACGUUUAGAACUCUAUAGGACAUGUAUUGAAACUUCUACACUAUGUUCUAUUUUAAAGAAAAAUACCCAGAUGAGACAUUUGAAUUUAGCAGGGAUGCAUGAUCGUUUAAACAUAGAUGAAGUUGCAGUUGAAUUAGGAAAUUCUUGCCCAUAUUUGGAAAGUGUAGAUUUUUGGAAAGCACAAACUUUAACUCCACAUGGAGUUAAAGCUCUGUCUCAAUGUACCAAUCUUCGCGAAGUGGAUUUUGGAUGGUGGUAUGUUGUCUGAAAAAAUAUUUGUUUUAUUCUUUCAUACAAAUAGAAGUGAUUUAAUACUUUUUAAUG